UAAUCAAAAUAAAGCUUGACGUUGCUCCAUUUAUAACCACAAAGAGAUUAUUAAAUUUAGCAAAAAGGGAUAAUUGUGCAGAUAUCCUCUUUAUAAGGUUUUUUAAACACAUGCCCAAUUUGCUCUUACAUUAAAACCUUUUUAAUUAAAGGGUUAUUUUGGAUUUAUCUGUUAAGUUCUCCUCUAUUAUAUACCUUUGAAGUCUCUGAACCUUUAUAACCCACCAAAACCCAUUUCCAAGUUUAAGGCUUUUUGACUUCUCUGUUUGCUUCAGAGCUUGGAAAUGGCUGAAUCAUCAUCAUCCUCUGUAGCGACUACGCAUGUACCUGCUAGGUCUAUUAGUUUGCCUACAAGACUAAUCCAUCCUAAAGCACAGAGAGUUGAAGAAGAACUGAAAAAGAUUCAAGCUUUAAACUCUUCUUCAUCAGCUUCUUCUCGGAUCCAACUUGGACUUGCCAAGCUCGUUGAGCUCUAUGACUUUGUCAAUGAACAAGUCAUAAGUUCUCCUCAAGGCCAACAAGCUCUUCGCCUUUGUCGCAACAGGAAACUUGUGGAAGACGCUCUUGAUGAAUCCAUCGUGUUACUAGAUGUCUCUGACUUCACAAGAGACUUGAUAGGAACACUCAUGGAGCAUAUUCAAGAACUUCAAUCCGCUUUACGUAGACGCAGAGGAAAUCUCUCUUCCGUUCAGUCCGAGAUCCGAAGUUACAUUAGCUUUCACAAGAAAUCCAAGACCGAAGCAGCGAGACAAGUUAAAUCCCUUGCAAGGAGACAAACAAAGAAAAAAGCUUGGGUUAUCAAACAAUCCGGUGGUCUUGAUGAACAUUCUUCUAUGGUCUCCAAUAUUCUAAGGCAAUCAAACGCAUCGACGAUCUCUAUUUUACAGUCACUCUUGCAGUUUCUUUCUACUUCCGGUGAGAACAACGAGAAGAAAAAUGGUGAAAUUGGAUGUGUAGAUAACUCGAUGAUCCGUUCUUUCUUUGGAAGAAUCAUCGGUAGGAAGAUGGUGAAGGAGAUUGAUGCGCAAACAAUCCUCGGGAGAUUAGCUAUGGUUAAUGUGAGCCUUGAGGCAAUUAAGGAUGAGUUAAGUUACUUAUCUAGACGACUUAUUCAACAUAGAGCGUCUCUCUUGAACAUUGUUACUCUAUAACAAAAAUAAUUUUGUAUAAUUUGUUUUUGUAAAAACCAGGUUUUGU